GACUGCCUGCAAAGCACUCAUCCUGAGGAGGCACACUACUCACUCACUGUUCCUAUGCUGGGAAAUUUCCACGCAAUGUAGAAUGAAAGAGCUCUGUUUUACAUGUCAGCCCUGUUCGGGAGCUAAUGCUGAAUACACAGCAGUGGGAUUCUGACUACAUGAUUAAUGAGAAACAUCAUGUAUUUUGGUGGCACAUGCCAGAGCCCUGCUCUUCCAGCCCUGGUGCGUACUCCAGCCCCACCAUUACAACCAUCGCUGGAUAUUAAACCAUUUCUUCCAUUUCCACUGGAUACAGCAGCAGCAGUCAAUCUCUUCCCCAACUUCAAUGCAAUGCUAUACCGUGGUUGUGCCUGUUACUUAAACCUACCUAUAUGUGAAGCAGUGUACACCAGAAAACGGAUUGUAGAGAAGAACCUCAAGAUGGACCCAGUUCAGAAAGCUGUAAUAAAUCAUACAUUUGGGGUUCCUCUUCCUCAUCGAAGAAAGCAAAUCAUAUCAUGCAACAUUUGCCAGCUGAGAUUUAAUUCUGAUAGCCAGGCUGCGGCCCAUUACAAAGGCACUAAACAUGCCAAGAAGCUCAAAGCACUGGAAGCCAUGAAAAAUAAGCAGAAAUCUGUUACUACCAAGGACAGCGCAAAGACUACCUUCACUUCCAUCACUACCAAUACCAUCAAUACCAGCUCUGACAAAACAGACCUUACCAUUGGGACACCAGCAAUAUCAACAACAACAGUGGAAAUUCGAAAAAGCAGUGUUAUGACAACUGAAAUCACCUCUAAAGUGGAAAAAAUCCCCACAACAGCCACUAGCAGCAACACAUGCCCUUCCGUGGAGACCGAGGAAGAAAAGGCAAAAAGACUCCUUUACUGUUCACUAUGCAAGGUUGCUGUCAACUCCACCUCACAGCUGGAGGCGCACAACAGUGGGACUAAGCACAAAACCAUGUUGGAAGCUCGGAAUGGAAGUGGAACUAUUAAAGCCUUUCCUCGGACAGGCGUCAAAGGCAAGGGACCUGUUAAUAAAGGAAACACAGGCCUACAAAACAAAACAUUUCACUGUGAAAUUUGCGAUGUGCACGUAAACUCUGAGACACAACUUAAACAGCACAUAAGUAGUAGAAGGCACAAAGAUCGAGCUGCUGGGAAACCCCCUAAACCUAAAUAUAGUCCUUACAACAAACUCCAAAAGGGAGCACAUCCACUUGGGGUAAAAUUAGUAUUUUCAAAGGAACCUUCAAAGCCAAUGGCUCCACGAAUCUUACCAAACCCACUAGCAGCUGCAGCAGCAGCUGCUGCUGUGGCUGUGAAUUCCCCUUUCAGUCUUCGAACAGCCCCAGCAGCUACCCUAUUCCAGACUACAGCACUUCCUCCAGCACUCCUACGACCAGCUCCUGGGCCUAUACGGACCACCCAUACUCCUGUGCUGUUUGCUCCUUACUGAACUCCAAACAGGAAUCAAUUGUACUGCAAUAAUUUUUCAAAACAAAAACAAACAAAAAGAAGCAAAUCAAGAACAUGGAACUAUGCAGUGUUUAUUUAUAGUUUAAAGUAUAUAUGAAGAGCCAGGACUUUUGAUAGAGAAUUGAUCAAAUUCUAAAAGAGGGAAGGGGGCAGUAUUUUCUCCAGAUGAGAACAUCCCUCUUGAAUAUUGACUGUUUUAGAAGUGAUCUCCAGCAUUGACUCACAGUGAUAUACAGAACUUGUGAAGCCUUUUUGACUAUGCUUUUUGGCACAUAUUUCCCCUGAAAUGUCUUUCCUGCUUUAUGAAACAACUUACAAAUUUGUCUAAAGGGCAUUAACUGGUUCCAAUGUACAUAAAAUACUCUAUUCUGUAGAUUAAAAGAAGAAGAAGAAAAAAGAAACACUGUGAAUAGUAGUACCCUUACUGAUCCUCCUGCCAAAUGAGCAGUUACUGGGUAUUUUUCUGAACAAAAGUAGCUACAAUAGAUGUCUUGUACAACAAUAGUAUUGUGUCUCUAUCUAUGCCACUAGGUUUAUAACUGAGUUGCAAAAGGUAAAAUGAACAAAUUAUCUCACUUUGUUAAAUAAGCAAAAUGACAAUGAUAAUGUGGUGUUUCUAGUUAGAAAACUUUCCUUUCCUCUUCUCACCUAAUAGAAAAAGUUAAAGUACAGAGACAUACAGUAGAUCUAUGGUUAAGACAAAAUAAGAGAUAAAGAACAUUUAGUGCAAAAAUUCCAUAUGCUGUACACUAAAUAGGCACAUUUCUAUCUAAAUGAAAAAUAUGUGUACAGUGUAUGUAUCCGAAAGAGCUAAUACUUACAGGAUGGAACUAACAUGAAAGGCAUAAAGGUGGACAGCAAAAAUAUUCCGUUUUCAUGAGUCACAGAGAAGUAUAACUUCAUUAGUGGUAAAACAAAGUGAUGUCAAGAGUGGGUUAUUCAUGGUCAUACCUAGCAUAUAAAAACCAACUGUGAAAAACUGGCCCCUUUGAGAACAGGAGAUUUGCCACUGACUUCAGAGGAGCCCAAGACUAGGACAUAUUCUUUUUAUAUCAUACCAGUGGGACUGUCUGUAUUAAGUAGAGGUCAACACUUGUUUGUUAUAGGUAUAGUAAUAGAAAUAAAUAUGUUCUAUUAUUUUAUUUCCUACUCAUGUGAUAUACACACAUAUAUAUAAUCUAAGCAGCAACACACAAUAUACAUAUUAUGAAAUAAUUGCACAUCAUGGGUCUGAAGCAAAUACCAUCUUUAGGAUCCUAGUGGACUCUACAUUCUGUAUCUGAUCUUUGCUUCUUUGCAAGGGUUUAAAGCCUUAUAUAUUCACUAUGAGGCUUAAAGGCGUUGAUAGUGUCCCUAUAAAAUAGGAUUCAUCAGGGGUAUAUAUAGAUAUAUUGUAUAUAUGUUAGAGUAAGAAAAAUAACUUAUAAACAGAAAAUCUACUAUAUAAAGUAAUUAUAUUACCAUUCAGUUUCAUAUGUGGAUCAUUAAAUAGUAACAAACAGCAGAGAAGAAAAUUCGGCAUGUCUUGAAUCUCUGAUAUGUGGUGCCUGCUUUUCCCCGUAGGGAUCUGAAAAAUAUCUGUUAAAAUUAUGGAGUGGACUGCUGAGUCUGAUGCAGUCACUCUGACGUGUAGCUCAGUGAAAAUCCUACCGUACUUUUAAGACAAAGAAAAAAAUUGAAACCAUAAUUUAAGUUCAGAGGUGUGUGUGUGGGGGGGGGUUUAAAAGAUUUUAUAACAAUGCUUUUAAUAUAAAAUAGUGGCCAUGGGGUCGCUACCUAAAAGUGCUUGGGGUUAACAUAAGCAGUUUGGGAGAUGUACAAGAUGGGAAUAUGCAGCACCCUGGACUUUCAGUUUAUUAGUGGGCCUUCCAUACACAUUUUUAAAGCUUAUCUGAAUAUAAUUUUUUUUUUACAAAAAUAAAUAAGAGCGAGAAAGAAAAGGUGUUCCCUGGAUGGCUGUGUCCAAAGAAUUCCAAAGAGAUGUGUUUAUUUCUCUGUAAGGAUAAAUUAAAAUAAGCUGUGUAUUAAUCAUGUCUAUUAUUUGGUCCAGGUUAUCUGCAAAAGUUUGUGCCUUGAAAUCAAGUUGGUUGAUAGUAAUCACCUUAAUCAGAUACAGGACACAAACUACAUACUGUGGUGAUUUCAGGAUUACUUACUUACAUGAAUUUCUUUGGCCCAAGAUAUUCAUAAAUAGGAGAGAAGGAUCAGAGGGGUAGCUGUCUUAGUCUGGAUCUGUAAAAGCAGCAAAGAAUCCUGUGGCACCUUA